CCGACAACAGAUAAAUAAAUGUAGACGUGUUCCUCUAUUAUUAGAAAUGUAAACAUUCUGUUAAUAAAAUAAAACCAAAUAAUUGAAAAUGACUCUACCCGGUAAUGGAAUAUUUGUCGUCAAAGGCGAGCUAACCAUUUUGAUAACUGCUAUUCGUCGGGGAUCCCGAUGGUCCUCUCACUCUUACCAAGAUCAAGAUGUUGAAGGGUUAACGCGCAAUUUUCAAGAUUUAAAGGGGAUCCUGAGCAAAAUUGACGAUCUGAGGCUGAUCGAGCCAGAUAUAUUUUUGUCGCCGUUUCUUGAUGUGAUCCGCUCGGAAGAAACCACAGGACCUGUUACAAGUUUGGCUCUAGCAGCUGUCAAUAAGUUUCUAUCGUAUGGUCUCAUAGAUCCGACGCGUAGCUGCGUCCCUCAGACAGUUCACAAAAUAGCGGACGCGGUUACUCACGCAAGGUUCGUCGGAACCGACCAUUCUUCAGACGGGGUAGUUUUAAUGCGAAUUUUGCAAGUUCUACGGACUUUAACGUUAGCGCCUGAAGGAACAAUGCUUACCAAUGAAAGUUUAUGUGAAAUAAUGCUAUCGUGUUUUAGAAUAUGCUUCGAAACUCGGAUACACGAAUUAUUAAAAAAAACAGCAGAACACUACUUGAAAGAUAUGGUUCAACUCGUAUUUAUGAGGUUACCUCAGUUUUCGGAUGAUAUUAGGACCGUGGUUAUAAAGCAGUUGAAAAUGAAACCCGGAGCUAUGGAUCAGACGAGGACGAAAAGAAAGCACCGAUCUUCGUUUCGGAAAGUAGACAAGGAUGGGGGUGACAUCAGUGCCGCUAAGGCUUCAGUUGCCAAGGUCGACAAUGUGGUGAAAAGCGUUUCUGGGGAUUCUAUGACCCUACAAAAAAAUAUAGUAGAUAUGCAAGGUUCAAUAUCUCAGGAUUCCAAUUCUAAGGUCGAUCCAGCUGAUGGCCCUUUAAUCACUGAGGAUAAUGAGGAGCCCCACAAAGUUAAUUUCGAGCUAUUGACAGAAAUUUCCAAUGCAGAGGAAGAUAAAACUGUGGAAAAUGUUACAAACUCGAGCGAAAAUAUAGGAGAAUCGCGAGCGAUCGUUUCCAGAUCCAAUUCCAUGCCUGUCGAAUCGUCCGAGUCGAACAAGGAAUACGUCAACGAACGAGGUAUUAGGUUCACGCCGCAGAUGAAAGAUGAUGUUAUUUUACUACCCUAUGGUCUGGCUUGCGUGAGGGAGCUCCUGCGAUUUCUGAUAAGCCUUUGCAAUCCCAACGAGAAGCAAAACACCGAGGUUAUGAUCCAUCUAGGGCUGAGCUUAUUAACGGUCGCUUUCGAAGUGGGUGCCGAUAGCAUCGGAAAGCACCCCGCUUUGUUAACCCUGGUCAAGGACGAACUGUGCAGGAAUUUAUUUUCGCUCUUGAACUCCGAAAGGCUUUCGAUAUUCGCCGCGGACCUUCAAGUUUGUUUCUUGAUGUUCGAGUCGCUUCGAACCCAUCUGAAAUUUCAAAUGGAAUGUUACCUGACCCGCCUGAUUGAUAUAAUAAUUAGUGAAUCGUUAAAGGUUACUUACGAGCAUAAGGAGAUCGCACUGGAUAAUAUCCUUCAGCUUUGGAGGAUACCGGGCUUCGUCAACGAGCUAUACAUUAAUUACGAUUCGGAUAUAUAUUGUACCAAUCUCUACGAAGAUCUUACGAAGUUAUUAGCGAAAAACGCUUUUUCCGCGACAAACGGCAUUUAUCAGACCCAUUUGUUAUCUUUGGACGCUUUAUUGACCGUGAUAGAAGGCAUAGAAACGCAUUGCUGCGAAUCGAAGGGCGGAAACUUUGCACCAGGAACCGCAAAUAAAUUCGCCGAAAACUGCGGCCGAAUUAGGUUUUCCGAGAACGUGCCCCCUUUGGAACGGUUACUAGCGAAAAAGAACAUCAAAAAGUGGCUCCCUCAAGGUACCGAAUAUUUCAACGCCAAACCGAAAAAGGGCGUGCAGUUUCUUCAGGAGCACGGCGUGCUGAAAUCGGACACUGAUUUCCGCGAGAUAGCGCUGUUCCUCAGGGAGAAUCCGGCGUUGGACAAGAAAAUGAUCGGGGAGUACAUCGGCAAUAGAAACAACCUAGCGAUUCUGGACGCGUUUGUGAAAACGUUCGAUUUCGCCGGGGUGAGAAUCGACGAGGCCCUGAGAAGUUUCCUGGAGACGUUCCGGUUGCCGGGCGAGGCACCGACCAUAUCUCUGAUAAUGGAACAGUUCGCGGAACACUGGCACAAAAGUAAUGGCGAGCCAUUUGCCGAUGUCGACUCGGCGUUUACGCUAGCGUAUGCGGUGAUCAUGUUGAACGUUGAUCAGCACAACCAGAACGCAAAGAAACAAACCACUCCGAUGAGCGACAGGGCCUUUAAAAAAAACCUUCAAGGAUGUAACGGCGGUAAUGAUUUCGAAGAGGGGAUGUUGGAUGAAAUUUACAACACUAUCAAGAACAAUGAAAUUGUAAUGCCCGCGGAACAGGUGGGCAUCGUGAGGGAGAACUACCUCUGGAAGGUUUUACUUCGCAAGGGUAAUUCCAAGGAAGGCGUUUACGUGCACGUACCCCAUGGUACUUACGAUUCGGAACUGUUUCGGAUCAUUUACGGACCCAUCGUCGCGGCCCUAUCCUUUGUCUACGAAAAAUCGGAAGACUCCGCGGUUUACGAUAGGGCCAUGCUGGGUUUCCAAAAAUGCGCCUCCGUUUCCGCCCACUUCGGCAUGUCGAAGAAUUUGGACAUGCUUAUCCUUUCCCUCUGCAAGUUCACGAUUUUCUAUAACCAAAGGAGACAGAGUAAUCUAUCGGUCCAGUUUGGUGGCAACCAAAAAGCUCAACUGGCUCUAAAAACGGUGUUUUCUCUGAUACAUCUAUACGGCGAUACGAUAAGGGAAAGCUGGAAGUACAUCCUCGAUCUGAUAUUGUCGUUGUAUUCGAAUAAUUUGCUCCCGAAAAGUUACGCGGAAGCCGAGGAUUUCAUCAGUCCGAAUGGGAAAAUCGCGUUAGUCUACGAAGAGACGGAAAACCCCCAAAAGCCGGACACAGGUCUUUUAAGCUCUCUAUACUCUUACAUGGUCUCAACGGAGAACCUCUCCAAAAAUCCCACACCCGACGAGCAGCAUUGCAUCGAGCUGACCAAGGAGUGCAUAAAAGACUGCAACUUGGAUCAGCUGAUAACCGACUCCAAGUUUCUCCACGAGGACGCCCUCUCGGAGUUAAUUAGGGCGUUCAUUGAGCUUUGCAGGGGUCCGGAUUUUCAAAAAAACGUCGGCUACAAUUACAACGAAAACGUUACCGUGUUCUUUAUGGAGCUGAUGUUUAAAGUGGUCAUACAAAAUCGGGAUCGGGUAAUGACGGUUUGGCAUUUGGUCCGCGACCACAUCUACACAUUGGUCAUGAACGCUUCCGUCUUCGAUUAUCAGUUCCUGCUCGAACGUUCGGUGAUCGGUCUAUUGAGAAUCGCCAUACGAUUGAUGAGAAACGAGGACAUGUGCCCCAUAGUCAUACAAUCUUUGCGGAUGUUGCUCUUGUUGAAGAGCAACACGCUGUGCAGGAUCUCGCGGCAGAUUUCUUUCGGUUUGUACGAACUGUUGAAGACCUCCGCGCAGAAUAUUCACAGCAGCGCGGAUUGGACGAUCAUUUUCACGUUGCUGGAGUGCGUCGGGGCAGGGGCGCAGCCGCCCAGGCCCGUGGCCGACGACGGCAGCUACAUAGAUCACGGAACGAAAUCCGACGGUGAAAAUCAACGAAACAGCGACGAAGAAAACGCCAGUCCGGACAGGGGCUACACCUCCGAUUCGGAGCUGACCAAAAGCCCCAAACACAAUCAGGAGAGGUCCCAGAGCCCUAUUAUUCUUCCCGUAUCCCCUGUAGGCACCCCGAAUACGGGUGGUUGGAUUUUGGUGGGUAAUGAGGGAGAAAUUCAACCGGUGGUGGGUCGAACCCUGCCUCCCACCCAGUACAGUAUAGCUUUGGAGCAGAAUUUGGGACCUCACGAUCCCAUCAGUUUGAUCAAGUGCUGCGAGAGUUUGGCGUUUUUGGUUCGAGACGUAGCUCACAUCACCCCGUACAAUUUCGACAUGUGCGUGCAUUGCAUCCGGACUUUUGUUGAAGCGAGCUUACAGGAGACUAGGAAAAGUAAAAAGUACAGCGAGAGAGAGUCUAGGCCUAGAAAAAAGGCUAGUUUACAUAGGCGAACGGAAGCUGUAAAAUCCAGGAGCCCCGCGAGCAGCCCCGACGAGGAAGGGGACAGCGAUAGCGACGAUUUCCCUAGCGGGUAUCACCAUUUGUUGCUAGAUCUCAUGCACACGUUGCACACGAGGACGGCCCAGAUUUUCAAGUGGUGGGCCGAGGAAGGGGGCGAAAUUGCCCAAGAGACGUCCCUCUGGACGCAAGGCUGGUGCCCCCUGCUCCAGGGUAUCGCGAGAAUGUGUUGCGAUAGACGGGAGGAGGUUCGGAUGAGUGCCAUAGCGUUCCUCCAGAGGGCGCUUUUAGUUCACGACUUGCAAACGUUGAGCGGUCAGGAGUGGGAACAGUGUUUCCAUCGAGUGUUAUUCCCAUUGCUGAAUUACCUGUUACAGCAGCCGGUCAACUCGAAGGAGCCCGUGUCGAUGGCCGAAUUUCGAAACAGGGGCGCCACCGUGCUCUCCAAGGUAUUUCUCCAUCACCUCACCCCCCUACUCACUCUGCCGACGUUCGGUUCGCUCUGGAACUUGAUUCUGGAUUUCAUGGAUAAGUACAUGCACGCGGAUAAGAGCGACAUACUUUACGAGGCCAUUCCGGAACUGUUAAAAAAUAUGCUUCUGGUGAUGAACUCGGCGAAAGUUUUCGACGGGCCGGACGGAAAAAACGCCCUGUGGCGUUCCACUUGGGAGAGGAUCGGGAAAUUUUUGCCCGAUUUGAAGGAUGAUUUGUUCAAAGAGCUCGAGGAAGCCAAGCCGCAGGAGGGUCGACAAGAUAACCUGUUCCCUAAACCGGUGAAUCCUAUGCAGCACAACAUAGAAAAUAUCACCAGAUCAAGCAUCAUUUUGCAGCCCCCCACUUCCCAGCAGCAGGUUUCGUCCCAUUUGUUUUCCCACCUUGGCCAGAUGGUGUCGACCCCAAUCGGAUCGACGCACCCGAGCGAAUCGAUAAUAUCCGUGCCGAAACAACCCGAAGCACUAACGACGAUCGUGAACUCGGUACCAAACUCAGCGCCGCACAUUAUGCAACCAACUUUGCAACCGGGCAUGCCCUACAUGACUAACUUAUUGACCGAGACGAGUCCGACCACCCAACAGCACACGUUUCCGGUUUUGUGUAACACUCCCGCGAUGGUACCCUCCACCACUACCACGGAAGUACAACCUUUGUCACUAUACGCCGAAUAUAUGGGCAAUCCUUAUACCAUUCAGUCUAGCGGAGCGCCAAACGAGCCGGCGCGGAUUAACGUCGACCAGACAAAAGCGCCAUCUGUGAAUUAUUUCCAAUCAUCGAAUUACUUUGGUAGCAACGAGGGCGUACCGUUUAUUCCAACGAGUGCGGAGAUAUUUUUCGGAGCCAAUAAGAACGUCCAGAACAUUCCAGUUACGAGCGACGCCGAUGGUGGAAACGUGUGAUAGCGUUACCAAAAUGUGAUCUACCGAUAAACGAGAGUGACCUAAGUGAUGUCGAAACUUUGCUAGAUAUGGGUAUUGGAUGAUCGUCAUUACUGAACAACAAAAAAUACUGAUACUAAUUUAAGUUUCCAUUUUUCAAGGGGUGGUUUGCGGUCUAUGGUGGAUUUAGUCUACUUUUAGGCAGUUGAUGAAUAUGAAACGACUGCAACUCUCAUACUGUUUACGAAUCCUCCCCUGAGUCGGUUGUUUAUAAAUCAAACUCACUUUGUUGGCCUCUUCAGAGUUAACUUAUUCUACUCUGUACCAGCUUAUAUACGGUCUGAGGGGGGCGGAGCUACACGUUGUCUCGGAUGACUUGAUUCCCAGAAGUAUGCGACGGGGAAACUCGUCUUACUCUUACAAACAAAAAGCAGCAGUAAGACUAAUGGCCAAUAUUUCAAGUCGCUAACAUGAUGGGUCGAUUUAAAAAAAAAAUCGAAUUCUCACGUUGCCUUGUUUAUAUAUCGCUGCUCCGGCAGAACAGUGACCGAACCCCAAAAAGUAUAAUUUUUCAGAAGCAAAAAAUGAAAAUAAAAUUUUGGUAUUUCUCCCUAAAACUUGGCAUGCAUAAUUGUGACUUUGAAAACGUUGUAUUAGCAAGUUUUAUAUAUAUAGUAAGUUUUACCAUAUAUAUUUAAGGAUUAAUGAUGACUUAACUCAAUUUUCAAAAAUUUUGCAUUUUAUUCUUGCAUGUAGUCAAUUCUUCUACCAAACAAAAAUCCGCGACUCCAUAGAAAUGUAUAAGCUGCUCUAGCUCCGCCCCCCUCAAACCAUAUAUAAGCAGGUACAGAGUAGACUGCGAGCCGGAUUCAGUUUAACUCUGAAGAAGCCAACAGUAUGAUUGGCGAAACGUCAGCAAACUCUAUUAAUCAACCAUGUAAGCAGGAAGUUUUGUGUGGGGAAGUUUGAAAAAAAAAAACAAAUGAAAGGAAUAAAUACCCUACCACGCGGCUUCCUUCAUUCCGUCGUCAAGAUUUAAUUUCUUCGCAUAUUUACGAAACUAUUUGUACAGGGUGUUAAAAAAAAUGCCAAGCUCAAUAGAAAAUCUAUAAGCUGCUCUAGCUCCGCCCCCCUCAAACCAUAUAUAAGCAGAUACAGAGUAGAUUGCGAGCUAGUUUCAGUUUAACUCCGAAGAAGCCAACAGUAUGAUUGAUGAAACGUCAGCAAGCUCUUUUAAUGAACAAUCUAAGCAGGAAGAAUUGUGUGUGGAAGUUUCUUUGAAAAAAAAAAAUGAAAGGAAUAAGUGCCCUACCACGCGAUUUACUUCAUUCAGUAGUCAAGAUUUAAUUUCUUCGGAUAUUUACGAAACUAUUUGUACAGGGUGUUAAAAAAAAGUGCCAAACGCUCGGCUGGUGUGAUUUCUUUAUAGUUUUCUUUAGUGUUUGUUUUUAAGAACUAAGAUUAUCGUGUAUUAACAGUUCGAAAAAUCAACGUCCACAAAAAUAUUUAUGUCAAUUUUAAUGAUGAAAGAUAAGAGUCAAAAAAGUCCUUCCGGUAUUAAAGCGAAAUUAGCUGGAGCAAAAAAUAUUUUACAUAUUUAUCAAUUUAUAUGGAUUUCUUUUCUUUGUUCGGAUGGCGACUCUCUAGACUAGCGUUAUGGCACAUUUUUUGAAACACGCUAUAUAGAGAUUCAAACUGGAAGCAAUACCAUAUUUAGAACCAGAUCAGGCUUGUAUACUUGAAUUUUCUUAGUUAAUUAACUAAGGACAACAAAUUAUAACCAUGUUGGGUAUGUGCUGGAAUUAAAAUAAAUAAAAAUAAAUUAACAAAUUGGGGGUCUCAGCUUAUAAUAUAAUUUUCUAAUAUUAAAAGCCUCCUAAAUAUUUUUUGCAAUAUGUCUCGUAAUACAAAAUUGAUCGUAAAUCUGAGAUGUGAACUGCCAAUUUAAAAUCAAUUUUUGGAACCAAAACAUCAUCAGGCACAGUGCCUAAAGGUAAUUUCUCUGCUUAUUUUCGAAAAUCAGAUUAGAUAAAAACGAAAACACGUGUAUAAGAGAAGGAAAAUUAAACUUUAAUUUUCCAAAUAUUUUCGUAUCAGAUAGCAUUUUAUUUUUAGUUAAUUUACGAAUAGUACCCCUCUCCCCUACCUGUGUUAUUGUCUUGUUGUCCCCCACACCGAUAUCUAAACAUGGCCGUAGCCUUGUAACAUAUUUUGUGCAAUAAUUUUGUAUGAUAUGUAGGGUGAGUGCAAAAGUUUCCCAACUCACACCAUAGGCCCAAAGAAACGAAUAACUGACCAGUUUCUAUUCCAAGAGCCAAAGUAGCAAAAACCACCGUGUAUUAUAUUCGACAACUGUUUUGCCUUUAUGUUUAUAAUUUAAAAUGUAGAUUUAUUAUUGUUACCCGAAAAUAAAAAACGUACACAAUUAUAACAGCCCUUCGUGUUAACCUACCGGAGCUUCCUAAAUGUUGACAUUAAUCAAUAACUUCGUUCGGAUGAGAUUGCUGCUUUUUUCCACCUACCUCCUACAUAUACAGGGUGUUUUCUAAUCGAAUCUCAAUAAUUAAGAAAACUUCAUAUGAACAUAUGCCCUAAACGUCAGAGAUGCGGGGAUGGUACGCCAUAUACUGGGUGCCACAAGAAAGUGGGACCACUAUAACUUUUAAACCGCUUGAGAUGGCGAUUUUAAAUUUGGAAUUGACAAAUUUUUGACAAAACACUUUCGGUUUGACCGGAAACGGCAGUAACUAUAAGGAAUCGGUGUACGUAGGAUAGGACGGUUUU